GUUUGGCCCCAGCAACAGGGCACCACAGUCUCCAGGCUGUGUCAGUCUCUGGUGCACACCCCUAACGCCUCCCAGCAGAGGUGAGGGGGGUCCCGCAGCCCCAGAGGACUGGAGGUGUUUUCCCCAGCAGAGACCCCUGACCUUGGCCCCACACUGUGUUGGGGCCGGUCCCCCCAUUCCCCCCGUUGCCCUGCCCCCCCUAGCCGUGCCCCAGCAGCCCUGGCCGGCCAGCAGCCUAGGAGUUAAGGGGGGAGGUUCGGGUUCCUUCCUCUGCAGCUUGAGGAGGAAACUUUCCUCCCGCUGGUGGCUGAGGAGCUGAGGCGCCCGGAGCUGAGUGCAGGCAGGGCGCAGGCAGGGUGCCUCGCUGGGGACGAGGUGGGUAGAAGCCCCACUGCCCCUCUCUCCGUGCCACUGAGCGCAGGAAGGGCCAGGCUGGUGCUUGGGAGGGACGUUGGGAGCCCCGGCCACUGCCUGCUCCUGCGCUCCCCGUCCCGAUGGUGCAAUCUCAAGCUGCUGGUCUUGUCCCGUGCUGCAGUGGCACCGGGUCUUAGUGCUCGUGCAAGGCCAGGAGGCGGGUGUGUGGAAAGCUCAUCCCAGGGGCCAGUGCCACCCCGGGCCUCAUGGUCGUUUAAUACUUCACCCAUUAACUUGGACUAAUAAACCCUGUGGGAGCGAGAGGCUAAAAGCCGUGCCAGUGGGCAGCACCUCCUCUGUGAGCCACGCUCCUGCAGCCCUGCCAUGGCCGCCGGCUUCUUCAUCAGCAAGAGCGUGGGCAUUGUGGCCAUCGUGCUGGGCGUGGGCGCUGUGGCCACCAUCAUUGCGCUCUCGGUGGUGUACGCCCAGGAGAAGAACAAGGUGACUGACACUGCCGACACCCCCACCACGGCUGCCACCACCACGGCUGCCACCACCAGCCCCACUGAGGCCUGGAACCGGUGGAGGCUGCCAACAACACUGAUGCCAGAGUCCUAUGAGGUGACCCUGCAGCCCUUCCUGAAGCCCAAGGACAACAGCACGUACAUCUUCAAGGGCAACAGCAGCGUGGUCUUCCUCUGCGUGGAAGCCACCAAUCUGAUCCUCAUCCACAGCAACAAGCUGAACUACACACAGCAGGGAGCCUUCCUCGCCUCGCUGCAGGCGCUGGACAACUCCAACGUGCCUGCCAUCACCAGGACCUGGCUGGAGACCACCACCCAGUACCUGGUGGUGCAGCUGGAGUCCCCACUGCAGCAGGGCCAGCGCUACCGCCUUGUCAGCAGCUUCACAGGGGAGCUGGCUGAUGACCUGGCCGGCUUUUACCGCAGUGAAUAUGAGGAUGAAUCGGGUGUGAGGAGGGUGGUGGCAACCACGCAGAUGCAGGCGGCCGAUGCGCGGAAAGCCUUCCCCUGCUUUGAUGAGCCGGCCAUGAAAGCCAACUUCACGGUGACGCUGAUCCACCCCUCUGAUCACCACGCCAUUUCCAACAUGCCCCCCAGGAGCACCUGGCAGCAGGAGAUCGACGGGGAGAUGUGGAAUGUCACGGAGUUUGAGACCACCCCCAAAAUGUCCACCUACCUGCUGGCCUUCAUCGUCAGCCAGUUCAGCUAUGUGCACAACAUGUCAGAGAACGUGCUGAUCCGCAUCUGGGGCCGCCCCGAGGCCAUUGCUGAGGGCCAGGGCGAGUACGCGCUCCAGGUCACCGGCCCCAUCCUCAAGUUCUUUGAGAGGCACUACAACACAGCGUACCCACUACCCAAGUCCGACCAGGUUGGCCUCCCUGACUUCAAUGCGGGUGCGAUGGAGAACUGGGGGCUGGUGACCUACCGGGAGAACGCGCUGCUCUAUGACAACACCUAUUCCUCCAUUGGCAACAAGGAGCGGGUGGUGACCGUCAUCGCCCAUGAGCUGGCCCACCAGUGGUUUGGGAACCUGGUGACGCUGCGGUGGUGGAAUGACCUGUGGCUGAAUGAGGGAUUCGCCUCCUACGUGGAGUACCUGGGUGCCGACUCGGCUGAGAUGUCUUGGGGCAUUAAAGACCUGAUGGUGCUGAACGAGGUGUACACGGUAAUGGCGACAGACGCCCUGACCACCUCCCACCCGCUCUCUUUCAACGAGGACGAGAUCAACACCCCGGCCCAGAUCAGUGAGGUCUUUGACAGCAUCGCCUACAGCAAGGGAGCGUCGGUGCUGCGAAUGCUCUCUGACUUCCUCACUGAGGAUGUGUUCAAGGAGGGGCUGCAGUCCUACCUCCACACAUUUGCCUAUGGAAACACCAUCUACAUGGACCUCUGGGCGCAUUUGCAAGAGGCUGUCAAGAAGAACAACGUCUUGCUGCCUGACACCGUCAGCAACAUCAUGGACCGCUGGACGCUGCAGAUGGGCUUCCCUGUGGUGACCGUCGACACCAGCACCGGCACUGUCACCCAGAAACACUUCCUGCUGGACCCCACAUCUGAGGUGCAGAGACCCUCUGUCUUCAACUACAGGUGGAUCGUCCCCAUCACCUGGAAGACAAGUGAGAACGUUGGUGCUGACAGGUACUGGCUGACCGAAGACUCAGCGACCAACGAGCAGUUCAGGGUGGGCAGCUCCAACUGGCUCCUGCUGAACCUCAACGUCAGUGGGUACUUCCGCGUCAACUACAACCAGGAGAACUGGGACCAGCUCCUUGGGCAGCUCUCCAGAGACCCCCAGGCCAUCCCUGUGGUCAACCGCGCUCAGAUCAUCGAUGACGCCUUUAACCUGGCCAGGGCCAAGUAUGUCAAUGUGACCUUGGCCUUGGACACCACACGGUUCCUGAGCCAGGAGACAGAGUACAUGCCCUGGCAGGCAGCACUCAACAAUCUCCAGUACUUCCAGCUGAUGUUUGACCGCAGCGAGGUGUUCGGGGUGAUGACGAAAUACAUAAAGCAACAGGUGACACCCCUCUUCAGCCACUACAAGAACAUCACCAAUGACUGGAACACCAGACCCACUGGCCUGAUGGACCAGUACAAUGAGAUCAAUGCCAUCAGCACAGCCUGCUCCUACGGCAUCACCGAGUGCCAGCAACUGGCCACCACGUAUUUCAAUGACUGGAACAAAAAUGUCACCAGGAACCCGGUCCCCCCGAACCUGCGCUCCUCCAUCUACUGCAGCAUGGUGGCCACGGGUGGGGAGGAGGCCUGGGACUUCAUCUGGGACCGGUUCCGAGAGGCCACCGUCGUGUCUGAGGCCGACAAGCUCCGCACGGCUCUCACCUGCAGCCCCCACCCCUGGAUCCUCAACCGGUACCUGCAGUACACUGUGGACCCCAGCAAGAUCCGCAGGCAGGAUGCCACCUCCACCAUCAACAGCAUCGCCAGCAACGUGGUGGGGCAGCCCCUGGCAUGGGACUUCAUCCGUGGCAACUGGAGGAUGCUCUUCAGCCAGUAUGGGGGCGGUUCCUUCUCCUUCUCCCGGCUGAUCUUAGCAGUGACCCAGCGGUUUUCCACGGAGUAUGAGCUGCAGCAGCUGGAGCAGUUCAAGGCAGAGAACCAGGACAUCGGGUUCGGGUCAGGAACGCGGGCACUGGAGCAGGCGCUGGAGAGGACCCGCACCAACAUCAACUGGGUGAAGGAGAACCAGGCGACAGUGCUGGCCUGGUUCCAGAGCGCGACUGCGACCACACACAGCUAACCCUGUGCGCUGGCCACCGCCCACUCUCCUCCUGGCACGGCGCUCGGCCAGCAGGACUCAGCCCAAAGCUCCUGGAGCCCCUGGCCCUGCGGCUGGGCUGGACCCCCACCCACUCCCCACCUCUGCUCACUCCAUCCUCUCAGCCCCCAGCCCCAAAUGCUCUCCCUGGGCCAGCUGGGGGUCCUUUGCUGCUGCUGAGGGGCAGGGGCUGCUGCCCACGGGCAGGGCCUGGUGCCUGUAUGAUGGGCAGUGAGGGGGGACAGGGGGCUUUGGGCUGCUGGGGUGACCCACUGCCCUCAGCUGCCCAGGACAGCGCUGGGCCCCAUGGGCUACUGCAAGGCCUGGGGUCAAUAAAGGCUGCAUGGCAGCAUUCGCCCAC